CAAACAAGGAAAAAACUUGGUCAAACAUCCUCCUAUUAUCUAGACUUGAAUGGUGUCUUCCUCCUUGUGUUCACACCUUGAUCCUUAUCCAUUGAUGAUUCUAUUCACACCUUGAGACUCCUUCUCCAUGGCCGACCCUUCUUCUCUCCCUUUGAGCCCAAUUUCAUGAUCCACAUAGCUCAAUAGUGUAAUGGACUUUCCUUUUAGCAAAUCCAAGCUCAUGCCUUCCAACUCUUUAGCCAGAUAACUCGUAAUUUGAUUUCAAAAUGUUUUAGCUCUAAAACGAGUCAUUGGUCUUUCAUCUUGAGCAUGCUUGGUCUUGAUAACCUCAUCACUAAGCUAGUUUCAAGUAUUGAUCGUAAUGGGAUGAUUCCAUGGACAAGACAGCAGCAGACAAUGCUUUGCCAAUGGUGUGAGAGCUCCCAUCACACUAUAGAAGACUGUCAGCAAUGAAGGAAUCUACUACACCCCAAGAGCAGCUGGACUUCAUCGGCAAUGCUAGGCGAUUCGACUCUUAUAGCAACACCUAUAAUGAGCGGUGGCGUCAGCAUCCCAACUUCUCUUGGAGUGGCAGUAAUCCUAAGCCACCAGUCUCUAAGGGACCACCCGGCUUCCAGAGACCGCCGUACCAUCCCAUACAGGGGAAAUUCUAGCAGCAACAACAAUCUCUCUAUCCUCCUAACCAGGGGAAAGCUAUUUCACAACAGCAGCCGAGGCCGUUGCAGCAGCCGGGCGCAGCCCCAAUACAAAGUGAUCCAAUGGCCGAGCCGCACGACAUUGUGGCGGGCCUUGCCAACAACAACGCUCACAAAUUUGGCAACAUGGACCGGUUCAUGGAGAAAGCCUCUGGCCAGUAGUUCCUGCACCUAGAAACUGGUUAGAGGAAUACAUAGGCUGUUUUGCAAGAUAUCUACCUCCAACUUGGAAGUCUUCACAAAGCUGUGCACAGCGGGCUCCGGGUACCUUACCGGGUCAUACCAUCCCUAAUCCCAAUGACCCGGAUGCCCAUCUGAGCGCCAUUACCACCAGGAGCGGCAAGGUAAUGGCAUAGAUCCCCGUCCAAGCCAAACAGGGGAAAGAACCACCUGCUUCAGCACUUCCAGCCAAUGAGGAAGAAAUGAAUAAGGAGGUUGAUGUGUAUGCUCCUACGCCACAACCAGUAGUGAAGGAGUAUGUUCCUCAGCUUCCCUUUUCAACUCGAUUGCACAAAGACCGUCUGGAGAUUAUGUUUGCCAAGUUCAUGGCAAUGCUGAAGCAGGUGAACAUCAAUAAGGAUCUCCUCACCAACAAGAGGAAUCUUGGGGAGCUGUCGACAGUGAUGCUCAACGAGGAGUGUUCUUCCAUCCUGCAGAACAAGCUACCAGAAAAGCGCAAAGACCCAUAGAAUUUUACUAUCCCUUGCAUAAUAGGUAGCUUUCAUGUAGGAAAGUCCUUGGAGGAUUUAGGGGCUAGCAUAAACGUCAUGCCAUAUAAAUGGUUUCAGAAGCUAGGCCUAGGUAAACCCAGAAAUACUAGGAUGAGCAUUCAGUUAGCCGAUCGAUCUAUUGUGUAUCCUUGGGGCAUUGCAGAGGAUCUUAUAGUUACUUUAGGGCCAUUUGCAUAUCCUGCUGAUUUUGUGAUUCUUGAUAUAAAUGAGGAUGUGGAGGUGCCUUUGAUUCUAGGUCGACCUUUUCUUGCCACCGCCAAGACACUCAUUGAUAUGAAUGACGGCAAGUUGAUUUUGCAGGCUGGGGGGUGAACAAAUCACCUUUUCUGUUUAUGAUAAUAUUAAACAUCCCCAGCUCCACGAUGAUUUGGACAAUUGUAAUGUGGUUGUUGAUUAUGAGACCGCACUCGCUAUCACGAGUGCAGGUACUAAUAAUUUUAUCGAGCGUUGUCUUUUGCUAGGGGAUCGGGCAUCUUAAGAGUUGCAGUUGGAGGAGCAGCUCGCGGAGUAGGAAGGAACAAUGAUCGAGGGACGAGAGAAGCCAUUCAAGCCGAUCCACGUCUCGCCCUGGAUCGCUACAUCAUUGGAGGAGCUAACAGAGCUUGAGUUUAAGCCCCUCCUCUCUCAUAUGGAGUAUGCAUUUCUCUUGGAGGGGAAUAAGCUCCCAAUCAUCAUUAACUUGGAACUGCCCCCAAGCAAAAUAACACUCUAGUCGCUCUGUUGAAGAAGUACGCCCGAGCCAUGUGGUGGAAGAUCACAGAUAUCAGAGGCAUUAACCAUCCUUCUGUUCUCACAGAAUCCUGAUGGAGGAUGAGGUUAAGCCAGUCUGGUAGCUGCAAUGGAGGUUGACUCAUAACUUGGAGGUAGUGGUCCGGGCAGAGAUUGUGAAGUUGAUGGAUGUCAGGAUCAUCUUUGCUAUAUCUGAUAGCAAGUGGGUCAGUCCCACUCACGUGGUUCCGAAGAAAGGCGAGAUGGUUGUGGUCUCAAACGAGAAGAACGAUCUGAUCGCGAUGCAGACGGUGACUGGGUGGCGUGUAUGCAUCGAGUACUGGCGUCGAAACAAUGCCACCAGGACUACCGAACACCGACCGGCGCGUUUCACAUGGUCACCGCCUAACCGACCGGUCGGUUAUCGGUUAUAACCGCGGUUAGCCGAAUUAAAUACAAAAAAUUAA